ACUUCACUUCCGAUGUUCGCGGGAAAGAAAAGCAAGGCAAAGCCAUUUGUAUGGUUCGUUCAACGUUAGAGCAGAAAUAACGAUCCUACUAGAAAUGUCAACGAGUGACGGAUAUGCAUAUUUCCGAAGAUCAAGUGUCUCCUGGAUAAUGGUUGUAAUGCUGUCGAUGGGUUUUUAUACAUGGGUCGUGUUUUGGCCAGAUCAGGUCCCGUAUGCCAGUUUGGGUCCACUAGGUGCUAUCUCAAAACAUCUGGUGAAUGAAUAUUAUGGAGUCUUGUAUAAGGGAUGGUGGCUUGCUUGGGUUGUCCAUGUCUUCGAGUCCCUGGUGGCACUGAAAUUAUGCAGUGAUAAAGGCAUCAACAGCCCAUCGACUCGUCUCUUGUGGUUCAUUCAGACGAUAUUGUUCGGUUUUGCAUCCCUGGGUUUGCUCCUCAAAUACAAGCCUGAUGGCCGCAGCAAACGACGGUGAGCAGGCCGGAGCUCCUCUGAAGCAGAACCUCGCUGGAACACGACUAGGUACACAGACAGACCUCCCUAAUGAAACAGGACUCCGUUUCCCUGCAGACUAGCUGUGAACAAGACUGCAUUCCACAAUGGAUCGUACUGAUGUAGAACUACAUAUCCCACGAGAUACCGCGAUGUCAGACAAUAGCACUGCCUCUCAGAGGGCUUUAACAAGAACAAAGCGACACCAUCCUUACGAUAAAUUUCCCAGAGGUUUCAACAGCUAAUUAAUUUGAAUUUAAAUUGUGUCUUGAAGAGAAAUUGCUGUAGGAUAAAGGCAAGUUUUUAGGACUCCAUUAACAAGGGCAUUUGGAUAAGGAUACACUCCUGCUAAGGAGUGUUUAUUACCAUGUUGUAUGUCAGAGGAAUCAAUGGUACCCCUGCAAUAGCAGUGCUGCUGUGUGGCUCUUGCUGUUUGGGGCUUAAAUGCUGCUAAGAUAUGUUAAGUUGGGCCACUCGAGUUGGGCUCAUGCUCCUCUGAAGCAGGAGUGUGAGACUCGCUUUCAUACCAUGCGUUUGGAGGCAGUGCCUGGCGCAGUGAUUUGUGCCUGCCAGUCCAGUCGUGGGACUCCUUUUAGCUUAAUAAGGUUUUUCCUUUAAUAGACAGCACCAUUAGCAAUAGCUGCAUCCAGCACUGAUCAACUCCUCAUGCAUAGCUUUUACAGGUCGUUCAAGGCCCAGUCGCUGCCUCGUCGAGCUGUGGGGGAUGGUCCGUAAAACUCAAGAUUAGCCAUGUUUUCCUUGGAUGGAAAGAACUGGCAGACCUUCUGUAAUUUAAAUAAUUGAAGGUGACCGUUCCUCAUGCAUUGGGCAUUUAGCAAUAUACUCUAAUAUACAAUAUACAAAGUGUCUUUGGUACAAGAGUGGUGAUUUGCAAAAAGGAACGUGGCAAGACUCAUAGUCAACAAAGCAUGAGUGAGACAAGCUGUGUAAAAUUUCCCUCUGACAUUAUUAGUGCGGCAGCAGCACUGGGAACACUGGGAAUGUCGUAAAAGGAUGAAGGGGAAUGGCUUUCAUCACUAAGUAUGAACAAGACUAAUCAACUGUUAGAUGUUAGAUACGUGGGAAACGGAGACUAAAUAAAAGAGUUUUAACACAAAAACAGCCAGUUCACGCCUAUAAAGAAGCAAUUGUUCAGUUGGAUCUGGUUGUUCUAUCUGCGCUACAAAAAGGUGUGUGUGUGUGCUAUGUGCUGUGUGUGUGUGUUGUGUAUCUGUAAUCAGAGAAAACGAGUAUGUCACAUUUACUCCUGUUCUUAUGCCUCUACUUUGGUCCAAAUCAGAUUAAUUUGCAUAUUAUAUUAUUUCAACAGUACUCCAAUUACUCCUAGAUGACUGAUUUACAUUACAGCCUCUUACGUUUAAUAAAUUAACUAUUAACUAUAGUUUUAUCAUAUGGCUCUUUGAUGACUAAAAAUGUAUAGUUUGCAUUAAUUUUUUCAGUUAUUACAAUUUUGAUGUCAUAUGAUCAUGCUUUUAAAAAUUCCUUUUUGAAAAAUAAAGCAGUAAUUUGA